AUGGCGUAUGCCAACCCGAGACCAGCCAACUACGUUGCACUAUUAUCGGCGCAGGUGUAUCGGUAUCCAUUCGCUCCGAAUCCGUCAUGGUCAAAGUUUUAUGCAUCGUCCAACGAGAUACACGACUACCUGAAAAGGUUUUCCCGUAAUCACAACCUCGAUCAAUCCAUACACUUCGACAGCAAGGUUGUUGAAGCCAGGUGGUACGAGGCUUCAGGCACAUGGAGAGUCAAGAUCGAGGGCCGAAUAGACGAGGUUGAGUCCGAGAUUCUGAUCAAUGCCGGCGGCAUCCUCAACAACCCAAAAUUUCCCAGCAUCGACGGGUUUUCAAACUUCGCAGGUCAGCAGCUUCACACCGCAAGUUGGGACCCCACAGUCAAACUCGAUGGGAAAAGGGUCGCUAUUAUUGGUGCUGGUGCGAGCGCUGUUCAACUUCUGCCCCAGAUUCAACCAAUUUGUAGUCACGUUGAUGUCUACAUACGAACUCCCUCAUGGAUCACCGCACCUGCUGGGCUCUGCUCCACCGAUCCUGACGAACUCAAUCCUACAUACAACAAGCGGGACAAGGAGCGAUUCUUGGAAGACGAGGAUUCUUACCUCGACACUCGCAAGGAACUGGAGAACUAUUUCAACGGCAACUUCCUCGCAUUCUUCAAAAAGAGUCCCGAGCAGAGGAAACUCAAAACGAAAUACGAGUCACGGAUGAAGGAGCUCAUACCAGAUGAGCAGCUGCGGAAGAAGUUGAUCCCACCGUUCGAAGCUGGAUGCAGACGGAUUAAUCCUGGUGAACAGUAUCUUGUCGCUUUACAGAAACCAAAUGUCCGACCAAUCUUUGAAUCUAUUGAAAAGAUAACUGCUACCGGUGUGGUAUUAUCCGGAGGUAUCGAGCAACCAGCCGACACCCUCAUUGCGGCCACCGGUUUCGAUACCACCUUCAGGCCUCGCUUUCCGAUCAUUGGCCGUGAUGGCGUCAAUCUACAAGACCUGUGGCAUGAUGAACCGACCUCGUACAUGGGAACUGGCGUGUCAGGAUUUCCCAAUUAUUUGACGUUUCUUGGACCGAACACUCCUAUCUCAAAUGGUAGCCUGAUGGGUUCUCUCGAGGCAACGAGUGAUUACUUCAUUCGACUUUUGAGAAAAGUGUUGAGACAGAGGGUCAAGUGUUUCGAUGUAAGAAAAGAAGCCCAGAUCGACUUCGUCAACCACACACAUGCCUACAUGGAAGACAUGGUAUGGACCGGCACGUGUCAUAGCUGGUUCAAAACGAACGGAAAGGUUACGGCACUAUGGCCUGGAAGCUCGCUGCACUACAUCCAAACCUUGGCAGAGGAUCGGUGGGAAGAUUACGAGUGGAUAUACACAGAGCAAAAUCGAUUCAAUUACUGGGGCUCGGGCAUCUCGUGGGUCGAAGACCACUCUGUCGAUCCUCUCGGUGUGGAUGAGAGUGACAGCCGAGCUACAACUGCAACGAUCCCUCGUAAAGGAUGCGACAUAAGCUUCUACCUUCGGAAGCAUGCGCCGCUGUCCGAGAAUGCUAGUUGA